AUGCAUUUAACCUGGAAGCCGUACGGGUGCGGAUACCCCGAUUGCGGACAUAAGACGAACGCGAAAAAAGAUAUACUGGAACACAUCGACAACAAGCACAAAACAGAAAGAAAAUUCAAAUGCAAGGCUGAAGGCUGUACGAAGGAAACAAAUAGAAAGGCAGACCUUAGACGGCAUUUUGUAGCCGUGCACACUGUUCCAUUGGUUGCAGAAUCAUACUCUUCAGAAAAAGAAAAUUUACCACCUUUAAAGAAUGACGCAUGA